CUUUCCGCCUGGAGUAGAUGUGCUGUAAAUUUCCACCCGAAUGAGGCUGCCAUCGAUGGUGGAUAACGUGUGGAAGCGUUUCAUGGCCAUGUUGUCACUGCCGGAUUUAUUGGUCCUCGGUUGCUUGUGGGCCAGUGGUUUCUCCUUGGGUUACUACGCCAAGUCGGCUUAUGUAUACGACAACCUGUGGCCCCAUUGGUACGCCCUAGUGGGCGGUUUGGUGGCCUUGGCUCUGACCCUGGGAUGGACGCUCAGGAAGCACAAGAAACAGCAGUACAGCUACGAUCACUACUAUAUUAUUUUCUACGGGCUUCUCUGCUCGCUGAUGGGAAGCUGCUUCAUGCUGACUAGACAGUUGGCUGUUAGCUAUUACUUCAGCUACGUGGGAUUGAGUGUGCAGUACUUGGCCGGCUUUAGUUACGUGAGCCUGCGAUGUGAUGCCUCUGGAUCACGACCGUCCAGAAUCGCAUUGGCCAACUCUCUAUAUGCCGGAGGAAUGGCCACAGGAUUUGUGAUUUUCAACGAGCUGGAACCGCAGCGCAGCGGAUUGAUUGCUUUGGGAAUCAAUCUGCUGUUACUCUGCCUAGUUUGUCUAAACGAGCUGCUGCACCAUACGGGCUGCAUUAACUACAAGGAAUCAAGGGAUUUGGUGUUUAAUCUGCUUAACGAGGAGAAAAUGGUCUUCCUGCCGCGCCAGGCGAUUUUGGCGCAGUUUGUGGACAGAACGGAUUACCAACUGAAGGACAGCAGGCAGUGGCUGGUGCUGAUCCUGGGUGGAUCUCUGGUGUGCCUCCAGAAGAGCUGCCUCCUCUUCUCACCCACCUACAUGCAGCUAACGUGGAGCAGCACGGUGGGAUACUUGCAGCAAACUCAGCUCUAUAUACCCUUUGUUCUGUACUCGGCUGGCACCAGUUUUGGAGCCCUGCUCCUGAUGAGAUACACUCCCAAGUUGGUUUACCUACUUUUCGGACUCAUCCAGAUGACUUUGAUAGUGGCUCUGCUGUGCAUCUACAGCGAUGAACAGUCGGAGCACUGUUUCCUGUUCCUUUGCCUCAUAUACAUCACCUUGGGAGUGCUUUCGAGUCAGGGAAUCCAUUGGCUCCUGGAGUGCUCACCCUUCCUCCACACAGAGUUGGCCCUGGCCACAGGAUUUGUUCUGCAGCUCUGCGUUAUCGAGGGCUCCAAAUACGAGUCGUAUGCCACGGACACUUGGAUUGCACUAAUAAUAGUGAGUGUAAUCACUCUGGGUCUCACUACCCUGGCCAUUCCUGUGGUGCAGUGGCUCCAGCCGCACUCCGCCAGUCUCGUGGAUGUGCGCAACCGCCUGCUGGGCAUCCGACGACAGUCGCUGCCCCCGGAGCAGACCCAAUUCUGGCACACAAACCACUUUCUGGCCCACAACAAGCCCGCCAACCAGCUGGAAUCCGUGCAGCUGGGCAGGAGCAGGGUCUUCCAGCAGUAUCCGAUCAGCGGGAGUGACAUCGCGGAGAACCACAAAGGCGACAAGUUCUGAUAAUAAAGUGUUGCACUUUAAACCCCCACUUGUUGCUGAUUUGUAUAUCCCAAUCAUUACUCAAUCUUAGCAGUGCUGUCAUUGCAUUUGCUCUGCUAUUUGUCUUUAUCGUCGGUUUACAAUGACUUGCACAGAAUUGGUCAUAUAUUCUCUA